UGAUCAAUUAGAACACUUUUGGUUUGUUUUCGGAAGCGGCUUUAAACUUUUGCUAUUUCCACAUUCCCCAACUUUGUACGUACACUUUAUAAACAAAUCCCAGGCGAGGAUCAGGAUCGGGACGAAGUCGGAAUCAGGAUGCCGGUGGUCGAGUUGAGCGUGGACCGCAGCCUGGUGUGUGCGAACUUCGAUGGCUACAAGUUGUCUUUUGAUUCGGUGCCGGUGCUCAAGCAAUCUCUUGAAAUCGAUCCCCUCCGUUUGGAGCCCCAUGCGAAUCAGUUUUCGCUGCUCCAUGUGGAGCUCUUUGCCCGACACAAUCACCUCUUCGCGGAUCCCUGGCUGCGGCACUGCAAUUACUAUGUGAACGUUCGCCACCAGUUGGUGCAGUGCAGCUACGAUCCGCAAAGUGGACGAGCUCGUGGCCAGCGUGUCGUCUACAGCUUGGACUGUCGCGACCAGGGCGACGGAUACCAGCAUAGUGUCGGGGACUACAACUAUACGAUUUGCUUCAUCUCGGAGCGUUUUUGUGUUAUCUGCGAUGGCGUUUCCACGUACCAUCUCGUUGACACUGGAGAUCGAUCGCGUUCUGAGCCGGUAACAUGGCAACGAAUCGCCCAAACGCCAGUGGAUGUUGCCAACGAUUAUCGCGGCUUUGUGCUCUAUGAUGCCCGACUGGAUGUUGUGCAGGAACGGAAGCAAAUCUCCCUGAUUUCGGGACACGUGGCACGCCGGGAUUUGGCCGCAGUUCAGGAGCAGACGCAUGUCUACUACAUGGAUCUCGUCUGGGGUAGAUGGACCCAAUCGCCGACAGACGGCGAGUGGGAAUACAGCAUUUGCCAGCGGCUGGAGACCACUGGUUCGGUUCACUAUUGCGCUUUUGAGCCACGAGCCGAAUCCCUGAUCAUUGCCAGCAACCGCGAAGUGCAGACACCCGAGCAGCGAAAAGCAGCUGAUGAAGCAGCCGCUGUUGCUGCAGCUUCCGCUGCUCCAUCUGGCCAGAUGCAAAAUGGUCACGACCACAAGUUCAGCUGGAAUCAGACAGGUGACGAUUUGCUCAUUCGGUUUCCAUUGCCUCAGGGUUCUAACCGGAAUGAACUGAACAUACGCUGUACCAACACCAGUGUCCUGGUAAAGCAUCUGGAAGAAGAACUGCUGUCCGGGGAGUUAUACGCCCGCGUUGACAACGAUUUGACCACCUGGACCGUAGAGGCAGAUAGCCUUCAACUGACGCUGGUUAAAGCGGAGCCACAAAACUGGCCACAAUUGCUGAAGCAGAAGGAUUUGGCUCCCGAAGAGGCUGGAACUGAGGAGGACUCGGAUGCCGUGGCGGAUCCACCGCUGCCCAUUCCCAACCUCGAGGAUCCCAUCGAAGAUUGCGACCUCGGUCUGACCGACGAAGACAUUAAAAUGGUGCGCUUUAAUCUCAUCAGCGGAGGGAUCACCCACACCAUUUUCCUUGGCUCCACGCCGCUCCUUUUCUCGACCACCUUGCGUCCUGGAUUUCCGGCCGCCUUUGCCACGCGCCAGGGCGUCGAUGCCUCCGUGUGGCUGCAGAUGUACCAGCCAAGUCGACCGGACGAAUGGAGCGUGCGCCACGAGGGACAGUUGCAUGCCUUUGGUUACGUGCAGGCCUCCAAGGAGCAGCGCAAGUUCACCGCCUGCUGUCCGGAUCUGGACUUCGUGGUCAUCUGCGAGAGCUUUCGCCACGUGCUGGUUUACCGACCGCGUCACGAUUCCGCCGGCGGUCUGCGCAAACGCAACGGACCGCCUGUCACGGUCGGCAAACAGAACCUCGUUACUCUGGAAUACGACGUCGGUGAAAUCCUAGGCAUGUCCACGGCCAACAAUCUGAUCACCAUCCUCACCUGCCACAACCUGCUGCAUCUGCAGGUGUGACUUUCUGACUUUUGUAAUAAAUACGUAUGAAAAUACACUGUUGAGUGGACAAUACAUGCAUUUGAUUUAAUCGCAUUAAAAAUAUUUACAUAAAUAUCCUUCUGAGGAUAAUUCCAUUCAAGAAUAUUUCUGAAAUAUAUUUUAUUUCUCUAAAAUUAA